AUGGGAAUUACAGAGUAAGAUUUAAUACCUCUGAAAAAAAUUAAAAUUCCACCAGAAUACGAAAAAGAUUCUCAAUUUUAUUAGGAAACCAUUAUCAAAUAAUACGAAAAAAGAAGGUAAAGAUUACUUAUGGAAUAUCAUGAGUUGCUAAAUAAAAAAUCAGAAGAAAUUCAAAGUCAUCCAAAAUCAUUACCGCCUGAAGAAACAUAUGAAGAGAACUCUUUUUCCAAAAUAAAUGAUAAAUUAAUGAAAUAAAAGAAAUUUUAACAAGAUUUUCGAGAAUAAUAAUUGAUUUAAUAUUCAUAGAAAGAAUAAUUAAUAGAAACAAGAAGAAAACAAAUUAGUAGUGAAAGGGAAUCGCGUGAAUAUUAAAAAGAAGUCUUAUAGACUUCGAGAAUAGAAUAAGUUUAAAAAAAUAGGGAUAUUUUAUAAAAACUAACAACAGAUAAGCAUAUAAAAAAAAAAAUGAGUUACGAUGCUAAGAUAUAAAAAUGGGAACUCUUAAAAUAAGCUUAAUAUUAAAUCCCUAGAAGUACUAGAGUAGAUGAAACAUUGGCUAGAUAUUAAAAAUGUUUAGAGGAGAAAAAGCAAUAGGAUUUAUAGAGAUUAAAAAGGUUAGAGGAGAGUCUUGAAAAGGCUCGCUCCAAAAAAUCAUAAAAUAUUAUUGAGAUUAAAAGAAGAGGAUUAUUAGAAUAACUCAGAAUUGAAGAAGCCUUAUUCAAUAGAGAGAGAAGUUAUUAAACAAAAAAAACCAAUUAGGUAUAAAAAGCAAAAUAAAAAACUGUCCCAAUAAGACCAAUCAUUAAUGAAUUACCUAAGUAAAUAUCCUAUUCUUAACCGAAAUUCUUAUGCUCAAAAAAACAAAAAAAGUUAAAUUCUGAAACAAUCUCACAUUUCUCAUAAGAAAUUAUAUAACUUAUAGAUAUAAUCAAUAUUCACGAUAUUGAGGAAAAACUAUUACAUGUUUUUGCAACACAAGAUAAAAUUUAAAGAGAAUUAUUUUAUAAAACUAAUUAUUUAUCUUUAUAUCAAUGA